UACAUGCAACAUCACAUGAUUUGUCUAUUCCCAUAAAAAUUGUCAAAAAGUCGGCAAAAUUUAAAUCCCAACCCGAAAAUAAGAAAAUACUUCGAAUGUUAACAUCGUAAUCACUACAGUUGUGUUAAUAUAGGCGAAAUAUCAUUGUGUUUCGAUUCUUUGGUUUUGUAUUUUCGACUUCUUAUUGAAAACGAAUAUAAAUGGCAACAACUUAGGUAAUCAGCUGAUUAAAUUCAAACGAAAAGUAGAACGCAGCCUGACAUUGGAGCUGUCGACUGAAUCAGAAUCGGGAAUUGUUGUUCGUGGAAUAUACAUUUCAUCACGAGAAGGAGAUUUUACCCGAAGACAACCAGGAAAUGUAGAAAUUUUUAUUACUUCUGAUAAGUAAUUGGAAAAUAUUCUAGCUGUAGAAAUUCAUAUAGUAGAAGACUUCAUGAAAGAAAAGAGUAUGGCGCCUUCUGAGAUAAAUCGGAUUAAACAAAGUGUUGAAGAUAAAUUUGCUGAAUUAAAAUCUGCAUUGAUGAUGCGUGAAAAGCUGUUGCUAAGACAAUUGGAUGUUAUAAACAAUACCUAUAAACAACAGCAACUAGGAAUGGCUGUUACAACAACAUCAAAUGUAACCGAUAUACAGUUUGUAUGUGAUAAUGAAAAGGAGCUGUUGACAACCAUUCGUAAUUUUGGGCGUUAUCAUUUAACCAAUAUUAAUCUGGCAUUACAAGAUCUAUAUUUAAAAAAUGAAGACUACAUAGAGCCUAUAGAUGACCAUGAAACUAUGUUCAAAGAUUUGAAUUCGGAAGAAAUCGAUGGAAAAGCGAAAGAAUAUAAUGAUGAUGAGUCAGUAUUGAUAGACUUUUCAAGUCAUAAAUCUAUAAUGGCGCACAAUGCGAAAAGGAUGAAUAAUUCAAUAGUUAAUAUAACAUUAAACGAAGCCAAAGAAUUAAUUAGAAAGGCUAAAACGAGACGAGAGACGGUGGUGCCACCUCUGAAUUUGGAGGAAUUAGACGAUGAGGUAGAAUCUUCUAUAGCCGAAGCAGUAUCGAGCCUUUCAAGAAGCAAUGAGAGCUGCGUUGACAGUAUACCAGAUGUCAAUCACAAGUACUCACAGACACAGCAAAUGGCAAAAAAUAGGCACAUGAAGCCAGAGAUAACCAUAAAUAACUGUAAUGGAAUUAUUAAUUUGCGAAACAUUGCUUCGCUAACAAUCAAUUGCACCACCGAGGAUAACAUAAAAGCACAAAUACCGCUAAGACAUCAUGUGCAUGAUUUGCACUUAAACCCAGACUUAAGUAAAGCAAAUGAAAAAAACUUCUCAAUAGGGUCUUCGAGCUCUAAUAUAAUGCAAACUAAAACUGGAUCUAAACCAAAAUCCUUGUUAGAAUCCAUAAUGGUUACAACUAGCGGAUCUACGGAGUGUAACAGCAGUAUGCAAACCACCGUUACCACAAGCACCAGUGAUAAUACCACACCGGCGAGUAUGUCAAAUUACUUAAAUAGUCCUAGAUUGCAGUCGAAGAAGCAAAAAUCCAAAAAGACAUAUAAAAAUGAAAAAACAACACAUAUCGAUGAGCACGACGGUGAUUUUCAGGACUCUUCGUCAGCUGAAGUCAACUGUGAAUUUUACAAUCGCUUGCUGAAUGAAAUUAAAAAGACUAUGCAACAAAACCCAAAGGUGCGCACUAAAUGUUUAAAUGCUACUGCGGCAACUAUAGCAAAGACCGAAAAGGAACAACCACCUGAUGGCGUAACAACUGAUAAUGUACAUUUACACGUGCCUUUGGAGGACUACCUAAACCCUCAAAAGCCUCAACGUAAACGCUUUAUUUUGAAAAAUUUCGAAAACUUGCGAAUCAUUUUAGAAGCGCAGAACGGUGGCGAUGAGGAUGUUUUUCAUCCUGUACAAAUUGAACAAUGGUUGGCUGAAAUUAUAGCCGAUACUGACUUGGAGCCGAUACGAAAUGCCGAUAUACUGGAACAUUCUAAAAUUUACACAAACGACCAAGAAAAUUAAACAUUUAUAUAAUAGAUUUUUACUGCUUCAAAAUCAAUUUAAUUUGAUUUAGUUUUGUACUUAAGUUGUACUUAAUUGCGACUGAAGACUGCACACCUCACAUAUGCUUUUUCGUACUCGUAGCAUAAUAAUUUUCUCCAAAUUUUAAUAAUUAAUGAAUUAUUUGCAUGAGUCUUCUAAUAUUUAAUUUUUAUACACUUAAAACAACAAAACACUACGAUAUUUAAAAAAAACGCAAAAUAUUUUUUAAUGUCGGAAGCAAUGACGUUCAUGAUAACUAAUCACAAACUAAUUGCCGAUAUAAACGUACAUUUAUGUUUUUACGUAAAAAUGUCUUUAAUAAAGUAUUGUGUCAUAAUUCCAUAAUUUUUAAGAAAUCUUUAAACAUCUAAUAAAAGAAGAAAUCAAGAAAGCAAGCAAGCAAGCAAGCUUCAAUGUUGGAUCCAUCAAUAUAUGCCACUUAUAAAAUUGCAUCAUAGUCUUCUAUAAAUUUUAGAACAGUGUUAUCUAUCUGUCCAUUAAUUUCUCUGUUGUUGUUGCAGGAAUGGCGAUAGCUGAAAGCUGAAUUUUGAAUUACGUUUCUAUUUGCGCAUACAGAGUACGUUCACAGUUCAUUAGGGUUAUCGGUCGUAGUUGAUAUGGAAUAAGUUUUCGCAACGAAAACAUAGGCAUACUGCAUGCGCGGAAAAGGCAAAUGCCAUGGGGGAAACAAAUUUAACCGCUUCAGGAGUGAUUUCUUUUUGCUCUACUUUCAUUUUCCUAACCGUACACCCUGAGUAUCGAUAGCAUAGCAGUCAGACCAAAAUAUUUGUGUUUUUCUUAUUGCGAGACUUUAUAAUGAUGAUUUAGUUUAUUAUCAAAUUUAAAUUGUGAUAUAUGAAAAAAAACAUGUGUACCUAGGGGCGUUAAAAGAUUAACGAAUUUACCCGAAUAUUGACCUGUAAUUUCGGCCCAGUCUUUCAAUAAGAUUAUUACCAUGAAUCGUUUCCCUUCUGAAGCACACAUUUUUUUUUUGUUCGGAGCAGACAAAUAUAUUUUAUAAAGUUUCUCGUUUACUUUCAAAAACAACUCUUCUCACAUGGUUUUAAGACUACAUAAGAUCUUCGGGCUUAAUUAGAGAAUAUCUUAUAUGCGUAUAGAAUAUCAAACUUUUCAGCAAAGAUUUUUAUUAAAGAUUUUGUAAAAAUUGCUUAAGAAUAGAACAACCAGAGUUCUGUAUAUACCUGCUUUUACUAAAAGUCUUCGAAUUACAUCGGAAAAUUUGUUUCGAUGGGCCUAGUAAAUAUUUUCGCUUACUAUACACUUGUAGCACAGAGUAUAUUAAGUUCGUCCAGACUUACCUAACAUCCAAACCACCAUUUAUUCUAUCAAAUUCAGAAUCAUUUUCUGAAUCGAUGUAAGCUUGUACGUACAUCCGAUUUCUGUCCAAGCAUUUUUGCGUUCAAUCUACGGGUCGCAAUUUUCAAGAUGUUGUGAUGAAAUUUUGGUAAACUGA